AUGGUCAGAGUGUUUGGGGCAGAGGGGUGUAUGGUCAGAGGGGUGUAUGGUCAGAGUGUUUGGUCAGAGGGGUGUAUGGUCAGAGUGUUUGGGGCAGAGGGGUGUAUGGUCAGAGUGUUUGGGGCAGAGGGGUGUAUGGUCAGAGUGUUUGGGGCAGAAGGGUGUAUGGUCAGAGUGUUUGGGGCAGAGGGGUGUAUGGUCAGAGUGUUUGGGCAGAGGGGUGUAUGGUCAGAGUGUUUGGGCAGAGGGGUGUAUCGUCAGAGUGUUUGGGGCAGAGGGGUGUAUGGUCAGAGUGUUUGGGCAGAGGGGUGUAUGGUCAGAGUGUUUGGGGCAGAGGGGUGUAUGGUCAGAGUGUUUGGGGCAGAGGGGUGUAUGGUCAGAGUGUUUGGGCAGAGGGGUGUAUCGUCAGAGUGUUUGGGGCAGAGGGGUGUAUGGUCAGAGUGUUUGGGCAGAGGGGUGUAUGACUUCAUUACAGACUUCGUUACAGACUUCCUUACAGACUUCAUUACAGACUUCGUUACAGACUUCGUUACAGACUUUGUUACAGACUUCGUUACAGACUUCGUUACAGACUUCAUUACAGACUUCGUUACAGACUUCCUUACAGACUUCGUUACAGACUUCAUUACAGACUUCAUUACAGACUUCGUUACAGACUUCAUUACAGACUUCGUUACAGACUUCAUUACAGACUUCGUUACAGACUUCGUUACAGACUUCAUUACAGACUUCGUUACAGACUUCCUUACAGACUUCGUUACAGACUUCGUUACAGACUUCGUUACAGACUUUGUUACAGACUUCGUUACAGACUUCGUUACAGACUUCAUUACAGACUUCGUUACAGACUUCGUUACAGACUUCAUUACAGACUUCAUUACAGACUUCGUUACAGACUUCAUUACAGACUUCGUUACAGACUUCAUUACAGACUUCGUUACAGACUUCGCUACAGACUUCAUUACAGACUUUGUUACAGACUUCGUUACAGACUUCAUUACAGACUUCGUUACAGACUUCGCUACAGACUUCAUUACAGACUUCAUUACAGACUUCGUUACAGACUUCGCUACAGACUUCAUUACAGACUUCAUUACAGACUUCGUUACAGACUUCGUUACAGACUUCGUUACAGACUUCAUUACAGACUUCGUUACAGACUUCGUUACAGACUUCGUUACAGACUUUGUUACAGACUUCGUUACAGACUUCGUUACAGACUUCGUUACAGACUUCAUUACAGACUUCGUUACAGACUUCCUUACAGACUUCGUUACAGACUUCGUUACAGACUUCGUUACAGACUUUGUUACAGACUUCGUUACAGACUUCGUUACAGACUUCAUUACAGACUUCGUUACAGACUUCCUUACAGACUUCGUUACAGACUUCGUUACAGACUUUGUUACAGACUUCGUUACAGACUUCGUUACAGACUUCGUUACAGACUUCGUUACAGACUUCAUUACAGACUUCGUUACAGACUUCCUUACAGACUUCAUUACAGACUUCGUUACAGACUUCGUGACAGACUUUGUUACAGACUUCGUUACAGACUUCGUUACAGACUUCAUUACAGACUUCGUUACAGACUUCCUUACAGACUUCGUUACAGACUUCGUUACAGACUUUGUUACAGACUUCGUUACAGACUUCGUUACAGACUUCAUUACAGACUUCGUUACAGACUUCAUUACAGACUUCGUUACAGACUUCAUUACAGACUUCAUUACAGACUUCGUUACAGACUUCAUUACAGACUUCGUUACAAACUUCAUUACAGACUUUGUUACAAACUUCAUUACAGACUUCGUUACAGACUUCGUUACAGACUUUGUUACAGACUUCGUUACAGAUCAGAAAGGUUUUAGCGACAUUAGCGACCCUCGCGCGGCGCUAAAAGCUAACGUGAGGCUGACCCCGCGACACGGCUUUAAGGAGCACAGCUGUAAUUGUGUUGUGGUCACAGAGAGCGCUGAGGCGAGGCUGAGCCCCCGGGGACGACCCGGGACUCUCUCCAGCUCUAAAUAUGGCUCAGGGGCCGGAGAGUGGUCCCAGGACGAUGGUCUGAGGACCAUGUGCUGUGCUGCGGGGCCCUUGGGUGCUGAGGGGACUGGGGUGCUAACAGGGGCCCUCGGGGGGGCCCUCGGGAGGGUCAUGUGCAAAGAGCUGCUGUUAGAGCCCCCCUCCCUCAGACCCCUGCCCUCUCCUUCAACACGACACCAUGUAGGAGUGUGA